CUUAAUUAUGGCUCUCGAUAUUGACGCGUCAGAGGCGUCUUCGUCCACGCCAUCAGAACAGAAUACUAAUGAAAGAUUCAUGGCCAAGCCGUCGGCGCGGGAAACGGGCCCCGCGAUGCAUUUCUCUGGGCUGCAUGCGCAGUGGCUGCAGCUGCAAUGAUUGUCUCCCCUUUCAGAACCCGCAGAGAAUUACGGAGGUUGCAGGAAGCGGUUAGGCACAGCUCUCAGGCAACCAGAGCGAUUGUCAAACUGCUUGAUCAGACCAAAGCGGAACGAGGAGCAUCGGCACAACACACAUCGCGCACGCUUGACUCGCUAAGGGUGCAAGUAAGUGCAAACAGCAGAGCGCUGCAAAGAUUCGAGGAAGAACAGAAAGUAUUGUCGAGUUCUGUGGCUAUUAGCUUCAAGUCCUUAAGCGAACAGCUGGCCCAAGCCAUUCAUGACAAAGCCGAGACGGAUUCCGUCCAUCUUAACCACGUCCGGUCGAUCGCUGCUUACGUGGACUCGAUUCGCGAGCAACUAGAAGUACGAUCCAAGACUGAUCAAGCGCUUCGCAAACAACUCGGACGGAGUCUCGCAGACGUCGCCGGUGUCGUUCAUGAACUUGAGAUUACCGGUCAACUGCCCUACAACGGGAAGGAUGUCAGGGGUGUGGAACGGCUACGUAGCCUUGCAAGGGAUUUGGACGGUGUACCAAACACGUCCUCAGGUGCCAAAGUGGGGCCAGAGGAACCAAGGAUGUCGCCUUGUUUGGACAACACCUACACCGCAUCAUGCCACUGA